UAAAACCGGAAGUUACUGUUGGUGCGGAGUGUUUCCAACGGCAACCAUAAGAACAACUGGUUGAUUUACAUUAGAGACAGUUUCAGAGAGGGCUAACAAAAACAUUCAAGAUGUCUAUUGCCGUAGCAAUGGCUAGGCACAUCUUUGGCCUAAAACAAGGUGUGUCUGGCAACAUUUGCUACCAUGAUGAACAAACGAUUGUGUAUCCUGCUGGAGCCAAUUGCAUCCUGUUCAACAUUGACCAGAAAUCACAGAAAUUCAUUGCUGGAACAUCAGGGAGUGAGGGAAUGACAGCACUGACUGUCAGCCCAAAUCGCAGAUAUGUUGCCAUUGCAGAAAAGGGGGAGAAACCUGUAAUAACCAUCUAUGAUCUGCAUAGUCUUCGAAAGAGAAAAGUUCUAAGCUCAUCAGAGUUCGUCAAAUCAAAUGAGUAUGUCAGCUUGGCUUUUUCACCAGACUCCAAAUAUCUGGUGGCACAGGGAGGAAAACCUGAUUACACACUGCUGUACUGGACAUGGGAGAAAAGUAAAGUAAUGGCUGUUCAGAAGACGUCAAACCCUAACACCAAUGCACCAGUCUACCAAGUAAGCUUCAAUCCUCAGGAUAACACACAGCUCUGUGUUGUUGGAAAUGGAAUUUUUAAACACUUCAGAUACCAUGAAGGAGCUCUGAAGCCAUUCCUUAACUUCCAGAAGAUGGAGUCACAUAACUAUCUGUGUCAUGCAUGGGUAUCUGAUGAGAGAGUUGUAGUUGGCACUGACACAGGCCACUUGUUCUUGUUUGAACAGGGUGAAGCUAAAAAUGAAUUCAAUCCUGUACAACACAAAGAUGAAAAGAAGACAGGUGAUGAGGAGAAUGAUUCCUUGGCUACCAUAAUCCCACAAGUCACUGCCAUUGUUGCUUACUCCAAGGGAUUUGCUUGUGCCUGUGGAUCCGGAACCGUUCAUCUGUAUGAGAAGACGGAUGAUAAAGAAUACUUCAAGAAAACUAGAGAAAUCAAGAUUCCACCGGACAGUAACAGUGCCGAUCCCACCAGUGCCCAGAAGCAGGUCAUUACUUGUUUGACUGUCAGUCCAUCAGAGGAGACAUUAGUCGCCAGCACCAACCAGAGUCAGCUGUACUACAUCACACUACCAAGUGCAGAUCUCGGAAGAAGUGAUGGGGACCAGAUUUACUUUGAGACACUGGCCCAGUCCUUCCACAAUGGACAAGUCCUGGGAUUGGAUGUCUGCAUCAGAAAACCGCUGAUAGCCACUUGCUCAUCUGACAAAUCUGUCCGAAUCUGGAACUAUGAAACCUGUAACCUGGAGUUGUACAGAGAAUUUCCUGAGGAGGCAUUGAGCAUCGCUCUCCAUCCCUCUGGAUUGUACAUCCUGGUUGGAUUCAGUGACAAACUCCGAUUGAUGAACUUGCUUAUUGAUGACAUCAGAACAUUCAAAGAAUUUCCCAUGCGUACAUGCAAAGAGUGUGCAUUCAGCAAUGGAGGACACCUCUUUGCAGCUGUCACAAGCAAUAUUAUUCAGAUUUUCUCUACCACUACAUUUGAAAGUGUGUCCAACUUGAAAGGUCAUAGUGGUAGGGUCAAGGCCAUCACUUGGUUUCCCGACGACAGUAAAAUUGUGUCUUGUGGCAUGGAUGGUGCUGUGUACGAGUGGGAUCCUUACUCAGGAAAACGCACAGGUGACUGUGUGCUCAAGUCCUGUAGUUACUAUGGCGUCGCUACCUCACCUGAUGGAAAGAACACAUUUGCUGUUGGAUCUGACAAGACACUCAAAGAAAUUACUCUAGCGGAAGCAAAUAUUUUGAGACAAGUUGAAACACAGGAGACAAUAUUAAGCAGCAUAUCUAUGUCUCACUCUGGCCGGAUGUUGUUCUGUGGUACGACCAAGGGAACUCUGUGGUCCAUGAAAUUCCCCCUCAAUGUUCCAGGAGAAUGGACAGAGCACCAGGGACAUGGUGCUGCAAUCACCAAGAUGAAGAUUUCUUACGAUGACCAGUACCUUAUUACUGUGGCAGAGGAUGCCUCCAUUAUUUUGUGGAAGAUCCAGGAUAAAGAUGGCCGAGGACUCAAGAGAGACAAGGACUUUGGGUGGGCUGAAGAAAUCCUAAUUACGAAGAGCGAUUUAGAGGAGAAGAACACCAUGAUGGCUGAUUUGAAAACUCGUGUUGAGGAGUUGAAAUCCGAGAAUGAAUAUCAACUUAGACUGAAGGACAUGAGUUAUAACGACAAGAUCAAAGAACUGACUGAGAAGUUCAUUCAGGAGAUGGAGGCUCUCAAAACCAAAAACCAGGUGCUGAAAACAGAAAAAGACAAAGAGGAAAUGAAACAUGAAGAGGAAAUGCAAGAAAUCAUGGAGAAGCAUGCCAAAGAAACGCAGGAUAUGGAGUCUGCAAACAACCAGAAGUUGAUGUUGGAGUAUGAGAAGUUCCAGGAGAUGCAGAGUAAGAUGAUGAAAAUGCAGGAGGAAUAUGAACGUCAGCUGAUUGAGAAAGAAGAGAGCAAACAGAGAGACAUGGAGCGGCAGACUGAAUAUUACGAAACCAAACUCCAGGAGAUGACUGCCAAACUAGAACAGUCCAAUGAUGAAUCUCGAGAACAAAACAAAGAGUAUGAGGAAACCAAGAAACAGAUAGAGGAGGAUUCGGACAGAGAAAUCCUCGAUAUCAAAAAUAACUACGAAAUUCAGCUCCGUAGAGAACGCGAGGAGAACAUCAAACUCAAAGGAGAAACUGGCAUCAUGAAGAAGAAGUUCAUCAGCCAACAGCGUGAAAUUGACGACCACAAGGAGGAAAUCAACAGAUUUAAAUCUGAGGUUUCUAAACUGAAUGGUGAGAAGGAGAAAAUGAAGAAAGAUAUUCAAGGGCUUCGUAAAGAGAUUGUGGAGAGAGAUGACACCAUCCAAGACAAAGAAAAGAGAAUCUAUGACUUGAAAAAGAAGAAUCAAGAAUUGGAGAAAUUCAAGUUUGUGUUGGAUUACAAGAUCAAGGAGUUAAAGAAACAGAUUGAGCCUCGAGAGAACGAUAUCAAACAGAUGAAGGACCAGAUUCAGGAGAUGGAAAGUGAGUUGGAAAGGUUCCAUAAACAGAACACUCAACUGGAGCUCAGCAUCAAGGAACUGACCCAAAAACUCAAAGCCACCGACAAAGAGAUGCACCUAGAGAGAGAAAAGGUGCAUGAUAUUAAAGCGAAACUAAAGCAGUUCAAAACCGACCUCCAUAACUGCGUGGGUUACAUUCAGGACCCUAAAAUGUUGAAGGAGACCAUUAAAGCCCUGUAUGCCAAGCAUGUUAGAGAUGACAUUACUGAGUCAGCCAGUGUAGACGCAGAUAUUCAGAAGGAGUACAGUCGUCAGAGGGAGCAUUUAGAGAGAUCAGUUGCCUCCCUUCGUAAGAAGCUGGCUAAAGAUUCUGAAAUCCACAGGGCUGAUAAUGUUCGCAUCAUGCAGGAGAAUGUAUCAUUAAUUAAAGAAAUCAAUGAUUUGAGAAGAGAGCUAAAAAUAGCAAGAACUCAGAUCCACGACCUGGAAGCAGCCAUGGGAAUGCACAGCAAGAAGAACAAGAAUGACCCAUCAGCCAUCGCGGCCUUCACCACCAAGGGGCCAAGUGCUCUGAUGCAGUCCGAAAUGGAGGAAAAGAAUAAAAUCAUUGAUAUGCAGAAGUUAGAAAUUAAGAGACUGAGGAUGGAGAUUACGGACAUUGAAAUGGGCUCUCGCCCUCCAUCCUCACAAAGACUGCCCCCUGUACAGCAUGCCAUUGAGAGUGUAGGCUGAAGUGUUCCCAACUCAUUCUAGGACUAUAAAUGAUGACUUGCUUGUGUAGGAACUCUUUUAUACUUUGGGAAGACCACUUCUCAGUAUUAACAGUGCUGGACAUUCUUUGUAAAAUUAUUUUGCACCUUUUUCAGUGAAGACAUUUUGAGAUGCCUUUUACACAUGUAUACAUUCCUGUUGGACUGUACAAUAUUUCUCAGUUUUGUUUACUUGAUUUUUCUAUAAACUCUCUAUCAUAGGGUCCUUACAGUCAUCUUGUUUACUUGAUUUUUCUAUAAACUCUCUAUCAUAGGGUCCUUACAGUCAUCUUGUUUACCUGAUUUUCUAUAAACUUUCUAUCAUAGGGUCCCUACAGAGUCAUUUUACUGAUGGAAUAUUUCAAUCAACUAAAGAGUUUUGAAGCAUAUACAGUUGACAACUUUUUUGUCUGUGAUAAAUGUUUUAAAUAUAUACAUAAAAUUAUGUAUUUAUGUUAUCGAUUUGAAAUAAAAUAUGAAGUUAAAUAUGUA